GUAGGAGAAUAACUCUCAUAUUAGCUUUACGAGUUAAUUUAUAUAGACGUUUAGUGGAAACGAUAAAGUUUAGAAUCAGAAAUAAGAUCCUGCUUUAACAUAUAAUGCCAGCAGAAAAGAAAUAUCUGAGAUAUGCCCAUUGUGAAGGUUAUACAGAUUUGUGUUAUGAUAGCAGUAGCAAUUAUGUCCUAACUUGUGGAGGUGAUGGAGAUGUGCGUAUAUGGGAAGGGUUUGAAAACAAUGAUCCAAUCACCCAUCAUGUGGGUAAUUGUGCUACUGCCAUUCUCUUUACAGAUAAAAGAUUCCUUGUAGCUACCGACAACAAUUCUAUACAAGCUUAUACAUUUCCAAACAGAGAACCAGAUGGUAUAAUAACUAGAUUUACAUCUCCAGUCCAUCAUAUGUGUUGUAGCAGUGAUGGAAAAAUUAUAGUUGCAGGAAGUGGGGACUUUACUAUUAAGAUUGUGGACAUUGCUAAAAAUACUCAGAAAUGUCUGUAUGGUCAUCAGGCUCCAAUUCUCAGUGUUGCUCUUGACCCAAAAUGUGAAUACUUGGCAUCAUCUAGUUGUGAUGGAAGUGUUCGAAUUUGGAAAGUCUCAAGCCAAGAUUGUAUCAAAAUGUGGACACAUGUUCCAAAAAGUAAUGAUUUUUGCAUGUCAAAGACAUUGUGCCGUAUGACGUGGUCUAAGGAUGGAAAGUACCUGGCUCUGCCGGUUGAGAAGGAGGUCCAUCUGUACAAAAGAGGUUCUUGGGAAAAUAUGCAGACUCUUAAAGAUGAAUCAGUAACAGAAAUCAUCUCUCUUGUUGCUCUUUCUCCUUGUGGGUCAUUCAUGGCAGCUGUAACUGUUGAUGGUAGGAUACUAGUGUGGGAAAUGACUUCUGGUAGGAGGUUGGAGAGUAUAAAGCUGGAUAAAGGAACACCAUUUUGUAGCAUUGCUUGGAACCCUACUGGAAAAAUGGAAUUAGUUUUCUCUGACACUCAGGGACAACUAGGUUUGAUAGGAAACAUCGGAAUAAUAGAAAAUGAAUCGAUAUCUGCUGAUUCCAAAACAGUGGGUAAUAAAGUGUUAUCAAGUUUAUCUUCAGAUAGUGAUGAUGAGGACAGAUCAGACAGUGUGAAAUUAUCUAAUGAUGUAAAUGAUGAUGAAAUUCCUGUUGUUCAGUACCACUCAAAAAAACUGAAGGCUGUUGAUGAUGAUGAUAAUGAUGAAAAUGUUGUAGAUAUAGGUGCUAUUAAGGCAACUUAUGAUCCAGUAAUAUUUGGAGAAGAUGAUGAAGAUAGCAAGGACACUGUUGAAGGCACAAAAACUAAGAUUAUUGAAAGGAUAAUUGAAAAGGGCCCACCACCUCCACUGAAACAGGAAGCCUUUCAACCAGGCUCCACUCCUGUUCACUUGCAACAUAGGUUUAUGCUAUGGAACUCUGUGGGAAUAGUUCGCUGCUAUAACACUGAAGAAGAGAAUGCUAUUGAUGUCGAGUUUCACGACACAGCAGUACAUCAUCCCAUACAUGUUACAAAUGUAAUGAAUCACAAAAUGGCAGCGUUAUCUAAUGAUGCACUUAUGUUGGCAUGUGGUAGAGAGGAAAAUGUGGCAAGUAAACUGGUUUGUAUGCACUUUGGAACAUGGGAUUCCAGUAAGGAUUGGACAGUAGAAAUGCCAGAAGAGGAGGAGGUUGUGGGUGUUGCAGUUGGGGAAAAAUGGACUGCUGUUACCACAAACACUCGAAUAGUUAGAAUAUUUACCAUAGGUGGAAUUCAACGAGAAAUAUUUUGUUUACCAGGCCCUCUUGUCUGCAUGACUGGACUUGGUGUACAACUUCUACUUAUUUAUCACCAGGCGGCAGGUAUUCCUGGUGAGCAGUCACUGGCAAUGAUGAUUUUUAAAGUUGAAGCCAAAACUCAGUCCCGUAUACCAAUUCAACCUGUCGCCCUUAGUCCUAAAGCAACAGUUGUAUGGGCUGGCUUCACAGAUGAAGGGACACCUUGUACAGUUGACUCAUCUGGUGUGGUUAGGUUGUUGAGUCUACAGAACAUGUGGGUUCCGGUAGCAAACACCAAGUCACAUACAAAAGGGAAAUCAGACCACUUCUUCGUUGUUGGGAUGAGUGAAAUUCAACAGCAGAUAAGAUGUAUUCCUUGUAAAGGCUCCCGUUAUCCCCCUACCUUACCUCGACCAGCUGUUACCGUGCUACCCUUACAUUUACCCACAUGUGACAUGUCUUCUAAUAAAGGAAAGCUAGAGGAAGAAUGCUGUCGACUAGCUCUUUUAUCCAAGCUGUUGACAGGAUUAUCAAAGGAUGGGUUUGAUGUAGACAAAGAACUUGAAGAUGCUGGCAGAAAAAGAAUAGAUGUGUUAUUGAGAAUGUUUGCUCUUGCUACUCGUUCUGAUCAAGAAUACCGAGCUGUGGAAAUUGCACAAUUGAUGCCAACACAACAUGCAGUAAAAGGAGCCAUUAGCUAUGCAUCACAGAGCCACCACAUGAUGUUGGCUCAACGAUUAGGGGAAAUUGCUCAAAAAAAGCUGGAAGAAGAAUCAUUGGUCAACAAAGAAGAAAGUGAUUCUGAAGAAGGAAUAGAUGAAAACAGUGAGAUGAAUAGAAGAGAUGGAAACAUUUCUUUUGUACCAAAUGAUGAUGAAGUUCUUCAACCCAAACCAGUAGUGCUACGAUCUCACCAUUCUCUUGUAGAAGAAGCUGUUAGAGAAGAUACUUCUGAUGACAAAAGCAAUACAGAAAACGAUAUGCUACUUCAGAGCAAGACACAGAGGAAGCAACAGAAGUCAUCACAGACAAGUGUUGGACAUAAAAGAAAUCCUUUUAAAUUAGUGGUUACUAAGGAGAAAAGGGGCAGUGUCGGCAUUGAUGGAAUCUUGACUGAUGGUGUUAAGCAGUUAUCUUCCACUAUAAAAGACAAAAAUAAUCUUGCUGAUGGGAAAAAGAAAAAGACACAACAGCAGUUAACACUUUUGGGAAAAAACAAGCCAACUAUGGAGUACCUCAUGGAAAAAAGUGGAGCACCCCCAAAGAAGAAAACAGCUUUCCAGUUGUUCUUUGAUAAGAACAAACCUUCUAUUGCUGAGGAGAAUCCUGAAUUAGAAGAGUCCGAUCUUGUUAAAGAAGCUGUUCUUAAAUUUAAAGAGCUUCCUUCAGAAGAUAAAGAGAUGUGGAACCAGAAAUCCUCAUUGUUGGAUACCUUGGAACAAGGUGAAAAUGAUGCAAAUAUUAAGAAACGGAAAAGAACUGAAAGAGAAUGUGAUGAUGUGAUUGAACCUCAGCAGACAAAUCAAAACAAGAAACCCCUGUCUCACUCUACUGCAUUGAAGCUGUCUCAAUUUGCUUUUGAUAAGGAUUGUUCGUCUUAAAAAGUCAUACAAAAUCUGUGCGCUUGGAUAUGUAUGUAACUUUAAUCUUAAAGUCCUUGAAAAUUACAGUAACUUUUAGUUGUUACACAUUCUUAAAUGUUUUUAAAUUUAGAAUGGAGAAAGUUAAAAUAUUUUAAAUCUGGAACUGUGUCUAAUUGCUGUCUGUUUAAGUAGUUUGGUAAGCAUCACCAGACGUCAGAUUUAUGUUAUUUUAAUAAACAAAAUAUUUGAAUAAAUAUUGUUGUGUAACUGAAACGUGGACACAGUACUGAUCAAAACAGUUGUUGCUAUUCAUAAGAUGAUGUAAUUGGUGGUGCUUUGAGUUUGGUUCAUGACCCCAAAUUACACAAUGUUUUCAUUGAUUCUAUUUAUAAGUAUGUAAAUGUACCUAUGAAAAUAUAAAAGUAACUUAUGAGAUAAGUGUCAUGUAUAAAAAGUGCAAAUAUAU